CAAACAUGCAUUCAGAAAAAGUGAUCAUCACCGUUUUCACCUUGGCAUUAACGGCAGUCUCAGCUUCCCCGCCUCAUCGUGACGGCAGAGACGCGACCUGGACCGACUCUAUGGCCAAUCAGGCUCAUCACAAGUCCAAACCGGCAAAGGAUGAGGAGGAUCAGGUCUACAAGAGCCACAUAGACGACAGCGGCCUUUACAACCGCGGCGAGGACGACCUCUACAAGAACCCGUUGUCGGAAGAGAUGCAGCGCAAAAUCUACAUGGAGUCGGAGCGCCUGCGUGCGCGUCUGCGUCAGGAGCUGGCCGAGCUGAGGGAGAGGCUGGAUCUCUCGCCGUCCCCCCGCGGCGCCACCUUGGCCGCCGUGAGGCAGCGCUUGUCCCCCAUCACCCAGCAGCUCCUCGACUCUCUGAGCAGCAGCGCCCACCGCCUGUGCGACCGGCUCCGUCUUCACCUCGGCCGCCAGGAAGACCCCCGAGACUUCCACUGGAUGACGCAAACACUGCAGCGGGGCACCUCCGAGCUGGCGGCCAUCUUGGAUGACCUCGCCGCUCAAACCUCCCAGGUGACGGAGCGCCUGGGGGAGACGAGCGAAGCGGUGAACAGGGAAAUCCUGCAAGACUUCGCCUCGAGGUUGGGACGGGAAGUGAGUGCCCUGAAGGUGGAGGUCCAGAAGGCGUUGGAGACUCUCAAAGCAGAGCUGGCGAGGGAUGACGCCGACGGCGCCUUGGAGCGCUUCUGCCAAAGCGCGGCGCGGCAACUUGACUUUCAGGCCCGGAUGGAGAGGAUGUUCACGGGAAUGGAGGAGGAGACCAGUCCUUCGCUCUCUGGACACUCUGAAGGCUCAUUGCAGGAGGACUUCUCAGUCAAACUGUCGGCUCUCAUCCAGGACAUUCUGCACUCUGUGCAGUGACA